AUGAAUGUUACCCUAGAUUUAGCAAAAGGAAUUUAUUGUGACUCUCCUCCAGUUGUAAAAAAUGCACGAAAUUUUCACUCUUCUGGCCCCAUUGCUGUUGGUAGUGUGGUAAGGUACAGCUGUUCCUUUUCCUUCCGACUCAUCGGCCACACGACUCUGCAUUGUAUUCAUAAAGACAGUGUGACUGCAAUGUGGGAUAAAUCUCCUCCAACUUGUGAAUAUUUCAAUAAGAAUUCUGCUUGCUCUGAGCCCAGAGUACCAGGAGGAUAUAUAAAAACAACAUCUAGACCACCAUACAAACAUGGGUCUUUUGUGACAUUUGCCUGUAAUAGCAACUUCACCAUGAAAGGAGACAAAUCUGUUUGGUGCCAAGCAACUGGAAUGUGGGGACCUACACCACUACCAACCUGUGAGAGUGAUAUCCCCUUAGAGUGCCCACCACUUCCAAGGAUCUCCAAUGGCCAGCACACGGGGGAAAAUGGAAGCUCCUUUGCCUCAGGACUGUCUGUGACGUACAGCUGUGUACAUGAUUACUUACUUCAGGGAGAGAAGACCAUCACCUGCUUGUCUUCAGGAGAGUGGAGCGCUGUCAGUCCCACAUGUAAAGAGGCCAAGUGUGAAUCUCCAGGGCAGUUUCCCAAUGGGAAGAUAGAGGUGCCACCGAGUCUUAAGGUUGGGGCAACUGUGACCUUUUCCUGUAAUGAAGGGUACCGAUUACAAGGCCAGCCUUCUAGCCAGUGUGUAAUUGCUGAGCAAAAUGCUUAUUGGACUAAGAUGCCAGUAUGUGAAGUAAUUCUUUGCCCACCACCUCCUACUAUUCACAAUGGAAGACACACAGGCAAAUCCUCAGUGCCUGCUCCUUAUGGAAGUACAGUCACUUAUACUUGCAACCCGGACCCAGAGAAAGGAGUGGCCUUCGUUCUUAUCGGGGAGGACACCAUCCAUUGCAGAAGUGAUAGUCAGAGGACUGGGAUCUGGAGUAGCUCUGCUCCACGCUGCGAACUUUCUACUUCUGCUGUUCGGUGCUCACAUCCCCAAGUCCUCAAUGGACAUACAUUAUCUGUGAAGAAAGAGGAGUAUCUGUAUAAUGACACUGUGGUGGUUGCGUGUCAGUUUGGUUUCACCAUGAAGGGCAGAAGUCAAACCCGAUGUAAUGCUCAAGGCACAUGGGAUCCACCUGUACCCUCCUGUGAAAAGGCGUGCCAGGCCCCUCCUAAAAUCCUCAAUGGGCAAAAUAAAGAUAGCCACGUGGUCCGCUUUGAUCCUGGAACAUCCAUCAGAUAUGGUUGUGACCCGGGCUACGUGCUUGUUGGAGAAGAAUCCAUACGCUGUACCUCAGUGGGCGUGUGGGCACCGAGAGCUCCCCAGUGCAAAGUGGCAGAGUGUAAACCUAUAGGAAAGGAACUCUUUAAAAAACCCCAGAAUCAGUUUAUUCGACAAGAUACUAACUCUUCUUGUGAAGAAGGGUACCGAUUAGGUGAGAGUGUUUAUCAGCAGUGUCAAGGUGCCGUUCCUUGGUUUACAGAGAUUCGUCUUUGUAAAGAAAUCACAUGCCCACCACCUCCUGUUAUCUACAAUGGGAUGCACUCAGGUAGCUCCUCAGGGGAUGUUCCAUACGGAACCACAGUUACUUAUACAUGUAAACCCGGGCCAGAGAGAGGAGUGGAUUUCAUCCUCAUUGGGAAGAGCACCAUCCGUUGUAUAACCAGUGACCAAGAGACGGGCAGCUGGAGUGGCCAUGCUCCUCGCUGUGAACUUUCCAUCCCUGAUAUCCAGUGCUCAUCCAUCCACAUUGCAAAUGGGAGCAAAAUAUCUGGCAAGGAAGCCCCGUAUGUUUACAAUGAUAGUGUGACAUUCAAGUGCCAUGAUGGAUUUACUUUGAAGGGCAGCAGUCAGAUUCGUUGCAAAGCCAAUGACACCUGGGAUCCUGAAAUACCAGUUUGUGAAAAAGACUGCCAGCCACCUUUUGGAAUCCACCAUGGUCAGCACACGGGUGGGAGCAGGGUCUUUGUCUCUGGGAUGACUGUCAUCUACUCCUGUGACCCUGGCUACUUGCUUGUGGGAAACAAAUCCAUUCGUUGUAUGCCUUCAGGAAUUUGGAGUCCUUCUGCCCCACGGUGUGAAGAAAAAUCAUGCGAGCCCAUGACAGAAUAUAAGCAAGAGAUUCCACUUGGCACCCACGUGGUGACAUUCAAUACAUCCUGCCAAAUUGGGUCCCAAAUGACUGGAUAUUCUUAUCAGAAGUGUCAGGAUGCUGAGAACGGAGUUUGGUUUCAAAGGAUUCCACUUUGUAAAAUUAUUUACUGUCAACAUCCACCAACAAUUAAAAAUGGGAGGUAUAAAAGCAUGAUAGGAAAACACUUUCAAUAUGGAAAUGAAGUUUCUUAUGAAUGUGACCAAGGAUUUGAUCUUCUGGGAGAGAAAACUAUACGAUGCCUGAAUGAUACUAAAGGAGAAGGCGUUUGGAGUGGACCUUCCCCAAGCUGCUCCCGGUCUCUUCCUGUGACUCACUGCCCUAGCCCAGAAGUCAAACAUGGACACAAGCUAAAUAAAACUCGUUCCUCAUAUUCCCAUAAUGACAUAGUGUAUGUUGCCUGCAAUGAUGGCUUUGUCAUGAAUGGCAGUCAUUCUAUCAGGUGUCAUACUGAUAACACAUGGGUUCCAGGUGUACCGACUUGUAUCAAAAAGGCUUUUUUAGGAUGUGAACCGCCAUCUGAGAUCGCCAAUGGGCAGCACACUGGUAGAGAUAUUGCUAAAUUUUACCCUGGAAUGUCAAUCUUCUACAGCUGUGACCCAGGUUACCUGUUGGUUGGAGAGGCAUUCCUUCUUUGCACGCAUAAGAGAACCUGGAGCCAACCUGUCCCAUAUUGUAAAGAGGUAAACUGUAGCUUCCCAGAGUAUAUGAAUGGAAUGCAGAAGGGGCUGGAGCCCCAGAAAAUGUACCACUAUGGAGCUACUGUAACUAUGGAGUGUGAAGAUGGGUAUCUUCUGGAAGGCAGUCCCCAGAGCCAGUGCCAGGAGGAUCACAACUGGAACCCUCCCCUGGCUGUCUGCAAAUCACUCCGGCCUCUAGAUGUGCUGGAGGAGAUGGGACCCUCUUCUUCCAAGAGCCUAGGGCUUCCCCAGCCUCCAACCCCCUCGCUCUUCUUCGGCGCUCCAGGAUCCCUCCUGGUCGUUCUGAUGCUGAGCGCGCUGCCGGCGGCUUACGGUCAGUGUCAGGUCCCAGUAUGGCUUCCAUUUGCCAAGCCUGUCACUCCAGUGAAUAAGACUGAGUUUCCCAUUGGGACAUCUUUGAUGUAUGAAUGCCGCCUUGGAUUCUACAAGAAGUCAUUCCUUAAUACCUGCCUAGACAACUCAACCUGGUCUAUCAGAGAAAACGUCUGUAAACGUAAAAAAUGUGAACUUCCUCCAGAGCCCAGGAAUGGCAUUGUACAGAUACACACAGACCUCAACUUUGGAUCAACUAUUUCUUACACUUGUGAUGAAGGGUACAGACUCAUUGGUAAGUCUACUAAUACAUGUAUCAGCUCAGACAAGACUGUUAUUUGGGAGAAUCUGACACCUAUUUGUGACAGUAUUCUCUGCGAGCCACCCCCAUCUAUCGCCCAUGGAGACUUCUCUAGCAAAGAGAAAGAAUAUUUUCAAUAUGGAAUGGUGGUGACCUACCGCUGCAAUAACAGACACAGUGGAGGAAAGCAGUUUAAUCUUGUGGGCAAGCCAUCAAUACAUUGUACCAGCCAUGACGGUCAAGUCGGCAUCUGGAGCGGCCCGCCCCCUCAGUGUGUCGCUCCUCCUAAUACAUGCACUCUUCCAGACAUUGAAAAUGGAAUAGUGAUAUCUAGGGAUAGAAGCUUAUUUUCCUUAUUCGAGAUUGUGAAGUUCAAGUGUCAGGAUGGCUUUGUUAUGAAGGGACCCAGCAGUUUGCAGUGCCAUGCCCAAAACAAAUGGGAACCGGUUUUGCCCAGCUGUUCCAGGGUGUGUCAGACACCUCCAGUAAUACCGCAUGGCAUGCAUACCCCAAGUGACAAGGCCAACUUUUCCUCUGGGGAAGAUGUUUUCUACAGAUGUGAACCAGGCUAUGAUCUAAGAGGAGCUGCUUCUCUGCGUUGUACACCCAAGGGAGACUGGAGUCCUACAGCACCCACAUGUGAAGUGAAAUCAUGUGAUGACUUCCUUGACCAACUCCCUAAUGGUCGUGUUGUCUCUCCCCCUAGUCUCCAACUUGGAGCAAAAGUGUCCUUCGUUUGUGAAGAGGGGUUCCAUUUAAAAGGCAGUUCUGUUAGCCAUUGUGUCUUGGAUGGAAUGAAAAGCCGUUGGAAUAACAGCGUUCCUGUGUGUGAACAAAUCUUUUGUCCAAACCCUCCAGCUAUCCUUAAUGGGAAACACACAGGAGAUCCUCUGGGAAGUAUUGCCUAUGGAAUAGAAGUAUCUUACAUGUGUGACCCCAACGCAGACCUCAUUGGGGAGAGCACAAUCCGCUGCACAAGUGACAAUCUAGGGAAAGGGAUGUGGAGUGGCCCUGCCCCUCUCUGUGAACUUUCUGCCCAUGCUGGUCACUGUAAAACUCCAAACCAACUUCCAUUUGCCAAGCCUACAACUCCGAUUAAUGAGUCUGAGUUUCCAGUUGGUACAUAUUUGAAUUAUGAAUGCCUCCCUGGAUACUCUGGAAGCUUGUUCUCUAUCACCUGCCUUAAAAAUUUGGUGUGGUCAAGUGCUGAAGACACCUGUAAAAGAAAAUCAUGUGGCAAUCCCCCAAAACCCUCCAAUGGAAUGGUGGUUAUAGACACAGAUAUCCAGUUUGGAUCAACUGUUAAUUAUUCUUGUGAGAAAGGGUAUCGACUUAUUGGUUCCUCAUCUGCUACUUGUGACCUCACAGGCAAUAACGUCAGUUGGGAUAAAGAGGCACCCAUUUGUGAGAGCAUAUCUUGUGAGCCACCUCAACUGAUAGACAAUGGAUACUUCCAUAGCAGCAGUAGAACACUUUUUCCGUAUGGAACAGUGGUAACAUACUAUUGUCAUGUUGGACAAUCUGGAGAAAAGCUGUUUGACCUUGUAGGAGAAACAUCAAUGUACUGUACAAGCAGAGACGAUCAGCUUGGUGUUUGGAGCAGCGCUCCUCCUCAGUGUACUUCUCCUAAUAAAUGCACAACUCCACAAGUUGAAAAUGGAAUUCAAGAAUCAGAAAAUAGGAGUUCUUUUGCCUUAAAUGAAAUUGUGAGUUUUAGAUGUCAUCCUGGCUUUGUCAUGAAUGGUUCCAGUAGUGUGCAAUGCCACACCAACAACAAAUGGGUGCCUGAGUUGCCAACCUGCUCCAGAGUGUGCCAGAUGCCUCCAGAAAUUCUCCAUGGUAAAUAUUCCCCAAGUAACAAGGGCAGCUUUUCCCCUAAGGAGGACAUUUUCUACAGCUGUGAGCCCAGCUAUGAUCUAAGAGGAGCUAAUUCUUUGUAUUGUAUGCUCCAGGGAGACUGGAGCCCUGCAGCCCCCAGAUGUGUAGUGAAACCAUGUGAAGACUUCCUGGACCAACUCCCUCAUGGCCAGGUACUUUCUCCACCCAGUCUCCAGCUUGGAGGAAAAGUGUCUUUCAUUUGUGAUGAAGGGUUCCGAUUAAAAGGCAGUUCUGUUAUUCAGUGUGUCUUGGUUGGAAUGGAAAGCUUGUGGAGUGGCAGUACUCCUGUCUGUGAACAAAUCUUUUGUCCAAAUCCUCCAACUAUCCUUAAUGGGAAACACACAGGAAAUUCUCUGGGAAGCAUUCCCUAUGGAGAAGAAGUAUCUUACAAGUGUGACCCCAAUGUAGACGAAGGAAUGACCUUCAGCCUUAUUGGGCAGCGCACCAUCCGCUGUACAAGUGACAAUCAAGGGAACGGAAUUUGGAGCGGUCCUGCCCCUCUCUGUGAACUUUCUACUCCUGUUGUGUGCUCACCUCCACCCGAGAUCCGCAAUGGUAACUAUAUUGGAAAACGUGAAUCUUCAUAUCCGCCUGGGAUGACAGUCAACUACAUAUGUGACUCAGGCUACCAGUUGGUGGGAGAGCCCUUCAUUUUCUGUACAGAUCAAGGAACCUGGAGUCAAUUUGAUCUUUACUGCAAAGAGGUCACAUGUAGCAUCCCACAGCUUAUGAAUAGAGCCUGGAAGGAACCGAAAUAUAGGAAAGUUUAUCAUUAUGGAGACAAUAUUACCAUAGCGUGUGAAGUUGGGUAUACUCUGGAAGGCAGUCCACAAAGCCAAUGCCAGGGUGAUGACCGAUGGAACCCUCCUCUGGCCAUUUGUACAUCAAGCCCACGUGAUGCUGUCAUAGUUGCUAUAAUACAAAUGAAAAAAAUAAAGAAGACGUUAUCCAUUUUAAUCUUCAGAGAUGCAGCUCUGUUCAUCCUCACACUCUUCAACCGAAUCAGGAAGAUAACAGAUUGGUCAGCCGUGGUAGACAGGCAACAUCUAGUUCUGGUCUCAGGCUCAUUUGUGGAGGCUGGGGUCUAUUAG